AUGAGUGCGCCAAACAUCGAGGACGUUGUCGAGGUGGAGGACCGCCGCACUCCGGUGGAUACCUCCUCCAUAGACGACAUGGACAGGGAGGCCCUUCGCGACGAGCUGCGCCGUCUGGAUUCCCAAAAAGCGGCACUCGAGGCGAAGCUGACGGACGCGCUUCAGUACCUCGCCUCGACCCCGGUCGGGCUGCAUGGCCGCUUGCUUGACAACGAAGGGUUCCCACGUGACGACUGCGACCUAUACGCAGUUCGCACCGCCCGAAACACCGCGGACUCUACACGAAACGACUUGCGCGCGCUGAGCGAAAAAAUGUACAGCCUUCUCAGUGCGCUGCAUCGCCAGACACAGGAGGAGGCUCAGCUGCAGAUGGUGCAGGACGCCGCCGCCCGACGGCAACGACAGGCAGCGGUGGAGAAGCGAGCGCAGCGCAUAGCAGAGCUGCAGCGUGUCGCGCAGCUUAAGCCGUGUUUAGUGGUGGCGAAAGUGGACGCCAAUAGCCCAGCCGAGGAGGCUGGGCUCUCCGUUGGCAUGCGGGUCCUGCAAUACGGCGCGAUAACGCGGACAGAGCUGAAUGCAGAGGGCCUGCAGGCUCUAGCGAGGGAAACAGCUGCCCACGAGGGGGAGCCGAUUGUAGUGUGGGUGCGGAAGCCAAGCGAGUUGGAGGAUGACCCGUUCGAGCUUGUACUGGUGCCUCAGCGAUGGCAAGGGACUGGGCUGCUUGGCUGCGCCUUGGACAAAGUCGAAGACGAAACUGCCUGA